AUGAAAAGAAAUGAUUUAUUAAACAAUACUACUUUUAAUAGUUUAUUAGAUGUUUUUGAUCGAAAACUUUUACGAUAUUUUUUAUCUAAAAAGUUUGAUUCUAAACCUCUUUACUAUUUAAUUGAAUUAUUUAAGAAUUAUAAAGAAAAUAAAAAUAAGGAUGAUUUCAUUCUAUUAAAAAAUGGUUAUAAGUUUUUAAUAUCAAAACUUUACAGUUUAAUUCAACUAAUCUGUUUAAGAAUUAAAAAGAGGAAUUUGAUUUGA